AUGCUAUUCACAUCACCAUAUUCGUACCAGCGUGCUCUAUACGAAGAAACAGAUCUUGGGAAGGAUCUUCGUUACAUAUCCACACCAGUCAAUAAUUAUAUUGAUUUUGGGCUACUAGAACUCCGAAAUCAUAUACAUCCGACCACAUCGGUUAUUAUGCGUGUAACUCGUACUACAACUCCAUAUGGCCGUGAUGGAAUUGUAUGUUGUCAUCCAUAUUCUUUAUGGGUUAAAGAUAAGCAUGCAAACAUUCAUUAUGGUUCGUUACUGCUUGAUAUCACCGAAAAAAUAAGGAAUAAACAACCUAUUAAAUUCAAAAAUUUGAUCAUGCCACGAUUAAAACAAGAUCAGUUGAAGAAAAUCACACAAUGGCCGAUCUAUUCAUCGAAUCAACUCGAUUGUAAUGGUAGGAAAUUUUUUGAAAGAAACCAAUAAUUGAAAUUCAUUUCAAUCGAUUAAUAGGUUUCCAUUCACUUAAUGCAAACAAAUCCAAAAGUAUCGUGAAGAACUAUAAUCUGCGUUAUAGUGUUUUACACUUUCAAAUAUUUCUCGUCGAUGAAAAUCAGAUUGCCUAUCCAACCGAUUUAGCAUGUGAAACGACACCUAUGUUUGAAUAUGAAUGUAAGAUUAUUUUUUACUCAUGCAUAUUGAUAUUUCAUCUGCAUUCUUUUAGACAAAGAUCUUAAGAAUCUUCCAGAUUUUUUGCCACCUGAACGGAAACGUCAACCUAAACGUCUACAACAGAAAUCGAAUACGGUAACUUAAUCUUCGGACAAAAAUAUAAUUUAAAACAACUUUUGCUUUCGAUAGACAGGACAAAAAAAUGUCCCCAAGAGAAUGACACAAGUCAAGUCAAAAGCCCUGAAGGGGCUCAUCCGCAAGACAAAUGCUAAACAUAUUUAGUGACUAUCUUUACUCGAUUUGUGAAUAUUUAAAUCAAGAAAUCAUCUUAUUGUUUUAUUUUUUUUGCAAGAAUUUUAAAAUGAUGUUUAUCUUACUUCUUCCUUGUUAAACAAGAAAUAAAGACACACACACAUAUAUAUAUAUAUAUACACAGAUUAAACAAGAUUGUUUGAGCAACAUCGAAAUACCUAGUUAUUGUGGUAGCUCUACUCACCCUCAAAUCAACGAAAUUUAGACCAUGGCAGCUCAACUCGCUGCUGUGUAUCAUAAUAUUUUCUAUAUAUUGAUUAAAAUUCUCAUUUUGAUAUAUAACAGAAUUAUUUCUAGUGGUUUUAUCUCAUUUAGAAAAGUCUAGCCAUUUGACAAAGUCUCUUAGUCAAGACGAAAUAUAAAUCAUGGUAGCUUAACUCACCCUCACUCUCAAGUGCAAAUCUACCUUUCAUCUUGCAAUUGCAUGUCUUUUGAUAGUACAAAGACAACAAGAAAAAGUUUGUUGAUAACAGAGCAUGUGCAUGUGCAUGUGCAUGUUGUUAUCUCUUCAACUCGGUAACAUGGGCUUGCUUCGUGCACACAUAUGUGCGUUCUUUGGGUGCGGGUGUGUGGGUGUGGGUGGGUAGAGCU